AUGCCCACCGGCGGCGAGGGAAAGCGCGCCGCGCCAAUCUCGGCGUCGGCAUUCUCCUUCUCCCUCGCCAAGAAGCCCAAGGGACCUUCCCUUCCCACACCACCCAAACUCAAGUCGCCACCACCACUACCUCCCAACCCAAACCCCCAACGACCCAUCACAUCCCUUGGUAUCGUUACGCCGACAAGACCCAAGCCGGCCCCAAAGACACCAAAACCCAGUGGACCUCUCGGGCCAAUUCCGUCACCCUUUGCGCUGUCUCCCAAGUCGGUGCGGCCGCAGAAACGCCUCAGCGCGCUCGAAGACCCGUCUUCGCCGUUCAAGAAGAUGGAGGAACGCAAGGAUCUACAGGCCAUCACGGCCAUGCCUCGCCUCGGUGUGGCCGAAGUGCGCGCUGUCACUGAGGUGGAGGAGGGGAUAGGCGUCUCGCCGCGCAAGCACAAGGGCGCGCUUCACCACAAGGGCUCGGGCCCACCACCAUCUGUGCGCCUAGCGCACCUCGUGUCGGGGAACAGCACGUCGCUCGUCCUCUUCUACACCUCGCUGCAACAUACGCUAGCCGGCCGUCCCCGAGUAGUCGCACAGCACGUCGCGUCGGCACCAAUCCGCUUACGCGUGAGCAGCUUGAUUUCCGGCCCAACACACGCGGCAGUGAUGGUUGAGUGUGAGGUCAUCGCAUGGCCUGGUGGCCCGGAGACAGUCCUCGUCGUCCUGCAGGCGCUACCUGCUGGCUGCCCCCGUCUCGGUCUCGAUCCGCGCCUCGUCGGGACCGACAGGAACUUUGAGAUUGGCGUCCUCGCCCCGUGGAGCGAGGGCACCGUUCCAAGGGGCGAGGGAGACGAUGGAGAUAUGACCGUGCUAUUUGCGUCGCGAUAUCUGGUGGCUGAGCGAGAGUAG